AGGGUCGCGGGCAGACGCCAUUUUGGCCCCAGAGGCGCUUCUGGGAAGUAGAGCGCCGGCCCGCACGCCUGCCCGACUCCCGGGUACGGCCUUUUCAGUCGGAGUGUCCAGGUUGAAGCGUUCACCUCUGCGGCCGCCGCUUUCUCAUUUCCGGCACCCUCCAAAGUCUCCAGUCGUUCGGGAGCUUCUGAGCACCGGGCCGCGCCAUCGGGGGGGUUCACACCGCCGGGAAGGAGGUGACGGGGGCGGCGCGGGGUGCGGACACUCCCCGCUGAGAGCCCGCCUGCCAUGGACUCGGAAUAUUAUAGCGGUGACCAGUCAGCAGAUGACGGUGGCGCUACCCCGGUACAGGACGAGCGGGACUCAGGGUCAGACGGUGAAGACGACGUGAAUGAGCCGCACUCCGGAUCAGACACGGGAAGUGUGGAGCGUCACUCGGAGAAUGAAUCCAGUGAUCGAGAGGAUGUCCUCACCAAAAGACAUCCUGUGACAGACUCUGAGAACGAUGAGCCCUCACACCUCCAUGCCAGUGACUCGGAAAGUGAGGAACUGCACAGGCAGAAGGAGAGUGACUCUGAGUCGGAGGGGCAGGCUGAGCCCCCUGCAAGUGACUCUGAAAACGAGGACGCCAAUCAGCGCAGGAGCGACUCCGAGAGUGAGGAGACCAGGAAGGUGCCUGGGAGUGACUCUGAGAACGAGGAGCUUCUUAACGGGCAUGCGAGUGACUCUGACAAUGAAGAGGUUAGAAAGCGUGCCGCCAGUGACUCGGAGGCCGAGGAGCUCCGCAAGAGUCCUGCCAGUGACUCGGAAGCAGAGGAUGCUGUGAAACCUCCAGCCAGUGACUCUGAGAGUGAGGAACCCGCGAGGCACCAAGCCAGUGACUCGGAAAAUGAGGACCCUCCCAAAGCUCACAUGAGUGACUCAGAAAGUGAGGAGCUCCCCAAACCCCGGGUCAGUGACUCGGAGAGCGAGGAGCCCCCAAGGCACCAGGCCAGUGACUCGGAAACGGAGGAGCUCCCCAAACCCCGGGUCAGUGACUCAGAGAGUGAGGAGCCCCCAAGGACACAGGCCAGUGACUCGGAAACGGAGGAGCUCCCCAAACCCCGGGUCAGUGACUCGGAGAGUGAGGAGCCCCCAAGGACCCAGGCCAGUGACUCGGAAACGGAGGAGCUCCCCAAACCCCGGGUCAGUGACUCGGAGAGCGAGGAGCCUCAGAAGGGACCUGCCAGUGAUUCUGAAACCGAGGGUGCCUCCAGACACAAACAGAAGCCCCAGUCGGAUGACAGUGAUGGGGAAAACAAGGGUGAGGGGACGGAAGUGCAGAAUGACCCCGUGCUUUCAGGUGGCCACACGGACAGAAAAAGAUUCCACAGCUCUGACAGCGAGGAAGAAGAACCCAAAAAGCAAAAAGUGGACAGUGAUGAAGAUGGAGAAAAAGAGGGUGAGGAGGAGAAAGCAGCAAAGCGAAAAGCUGUGCUUUCUGAUAGUGAAGAUGAAGAGAGAGCACCCGCAGCGAAGAAGAGUCGUGUUGUUUCUGAUGCAGACGACUCUGACAGUGAUGUUCCGCCAGGCAAAAGAGAGAAGGCUGUCGCAUCUGAGAGCGAGGAAGAAGCAGGGAAAGAGCUGUCUGAUAAGAAGAAUGAAGAGAAAGAUCUAUUUGGAAGUGAUAGUGAGUCAGGCAAUGAAGAAGAAAAUCUCAUUGCAGACAUAUUUGGGGAAUCUGGUGAUGAAGAGGAAGAAGAAUUUACGGGUUUUAACCAAGAAGAUUUGGAAGAAGAAAAAGGUGAAACCCAGGUAAAAGAGGCUGAAGAUUCAGAUUCUGAUGAUAACAUAAAGAGAGGAAAACAUAUGGACUUCCUGUCGGAUUUUGAGAUGAUGUUGCAGCGGAAAAAGAGCAUGAGUGGCAAGCGUAGGCGGAACCGGGAUGGUGGCACCUUUAUCAGUGAUGCAGAUGACGUCGUGAGUGCCAUGAUUGUCAAGAUGAAUGAAGCCGCUGAGGAAGACAGACAGUUGAACAAUCAGAAAAAACCAGCACUGAAAAAAUUAACUUUAUUACCUACUGUGGUUAUGCACCUUAAGAAGCAGGACCUUAAAGAAACAUUCAUUGACAGUGGUGUGAUGUCUGCCAUCAAAGAGUGGCUCUCACCCCUGCCAGAUCGGAGUUUGCCAGCACUGAAGAUUCGAGAAGAGCUAUUGAAAAUUCUCCAAGAGCUGCCUAGUGUGAGCCAGGAGACGCUGAAACACAGUGGUAUUGGACGAGCAGUGAUGUAUCUCUAUAAACACCCCAAGGAGUCAAGGUCCAACAAGGACAUGGCAGGGAAAUUAAUCAAUGAGUGGUCUCGACCUAUAUUUGGUCUUACCUCAAACUACAAAGGAAUGACAAGAGAAGAAAGGGAACAGAGAGAUCUAGAGCAAAUGCCUCAGCGACGAAGAAUGAACAGCACUGGUGGUCAGACACCUCGCAGAGACCUGGAAAAGGUGUUAACAGGAGAAGAGAAAGCUCUUAGACCUGGAGAUCCGGGAUUCUGUGCCCGUGCGAGAGUCCCAAUGCCCUCGAACAAGGACUAUGUUGUGAGGCCCAAGUGGAACGUGGAAAUGGAGUCGUCCCGGUUUCAGGCGACCUCCAAGAAAGGUAUCAGCCGGCUGGAUAAGCAGAUGAGGAAGUUCACGGAUAUCAGGAAGAAAAGCCGCUCCGCGCACGCAGUGAAAAUCAGCAUCGAAGGCAAUAAGAUGCCCUUGUGACCUUGCCUGGGCUGCUCCCGCUCCCUAGGAAAUGCGCAGUGGACUCUGGGAGAAAAAAGAUCUUUUAAACUUUUUUUAGUGUGUCUGUAAACAAUUAGCGUGUAUCAAAUGUUGUCGUAGGACUUGUUUCCCUCCGUUGUAUUUAAAACUGUUGUGUACUUUGUACAGAGGAAGAUUAGUCAUACUUCUAUAAACUUUACACAAUAAAGUUUCAUUCUGGUUUUGG